CCACAACCACUCUUCUCCGAGCCGGUGAUCAUAUCGUGAUCUUUUCUCAACCCUAGAUAUCGGGACUUGUCCAUUUCUAGUGGCAGUGUGUGUGUGUGUGUGUGUGUGUGAGAGAGAGAGAGAGAGAGAGAGAGAGAGAGAGAGAGAGAGAGCGGCUGGCCAGGAGUAGUUGGAUGUGCCCAGCACGCUCGCGUAGUGACUUCCAUCGACCCGUCUGAUUGGUAAAUACGUGGAAGGUUCCUCGUACGACUGGGAUAACAGGGGUGCAGUCUGUGGCGGCUUCGUGUGCCCCGUCUGAUUGAUCAAUUUCCUCCCCCACCCCUUCUUUUUUCAUUGAGGGAAAUUGGUUACUUCUCCCUUCUUGGUUCCACCCACUAUUGUCAGAGUACUUAGCCACAAUGGCGGUUUCCAAGGAGCAGGUCGAGUCAGUCCUGAAGGAGAAGCUUCAGCCUACUAAUCUGGUGGUGGAGGACACCUCUGGAGGAUGUGGAGCCAGUUUCGAUGUCAAGAUUGCUUCGCCGUUGUUUGCGGGGAAGCGAGUGCUGGAGCGGCACCGUAUGGUUAACUCUGCGUUAACGGAGGAAUUGAAGAGCAUCCAUGCCUUAACAAUCAAGCCUGUCACUCCAGAACAGUGGGUUGAGUAGGUUAAGUAGAGGGGGAAGCAUUAACUAGAGUGAAGAAUCGUUGGGUUUGGAGUUAAGUUGGGUUUGGAGUUUAACUUUUAAAGGUUGAAGUUUAAAACACAUUGUGAAAGCAAACGCAACACAUUGUAAAAGCAAACACUCUCAGACUGUUGUGUGAGGGGGUGAGGAGAUGGUUCUCCAUCAUCAGUUAAAAAAAAAAUACACACAAGGGUGAGGAGAUAUUUGUUGUUAUGAUUGCGGAAAAACAAACAAAAUAAAAAUAAUCAG